UUUAACUCCUUGAAUUUAUUUACUCAAUGCCAGUUUUCUUGUGGUUCGGGUAGUAAUCCUGAAGUCAUUACCUCAGGAGAUCUGCUUCUAAUUUAGCCCCUGUCUAUUCAAUAUCUUUCAGCAAAAUUAUCUUUUGAGCCCUACAAAUGUAGUCAGCACGAUUGGGGCUGCCCAUUGCUGAAAGCAGCACAAAUGGCUGAAAGUAAUUUCCAGUGGACCCAGAAUAGCUUGUUUGGUAUAGUUUAUACAGAAGUAAAUCAUAGGUUAGAAUAACAGCAGCUCUGUAGGAAGAAUAUAUCCAAGGAAACAAAGAUUAAGGUGUACACAAAGUGUCUUGUUACGGACAUGUAACUGCAGUUGGUUAUAGGGAGACAGAUGGAUAAGGACAACCUUGUGUAUGCUAAGAGAAAAUUUCCAUAUCUAGCUAACUUAAAGUUUGAGAUACCCAUCACAAGUAGAUUUACUUGAGUUAAGGUUUCCAUGUAAUCAUAGUUAUAGAUUUCAUAGUUAUAGAUUUUGACACGUAACUUUAAAAAAGAUGUAAUAAGUGUUAAAGAGAGUUCACUAAAAAUCUUAUGGACAAGACAGUGUUAGAUGGUAAAGCGCAGGGAGGAUUGAAUUGGAGAAAUCAGCAGUAUUGGAAAAUGGUUACAUACAACGUGCAUUGUGAAAGCCCCAAGAACAGAGGGGGCAAUGUCGUGGCUGCCAUUGGCUCGUCAGUUUUACUGGAUCCUGAAUAUGGAGCGAAUCUCAGCGACAGUCAGGUUGAAUGGACGUUCAAAAACAGCAGUGGAAAACUGCUUACUAUUUUGGAUUACAUACCAAAUUCUCCAGUACAGAAACCAAAUAAACACUACCAUUCCCGUUUACGUUUUAAUGCAUCCAAUGGAUCAAUAAUGGUAGACAGUCUAAAACCGAGUGACCAAGGAGUAUAUACCAUCACAGUGAAUGGUACCUGGAACAGGAGCAUGGAUCUGAAACUCAUUGAACCACUGGCAGAACCUUUGAUCAAAGCUACCUUUGUGGAUUCCGCUGUUGAACUGACCUGUCACAUGACUGCAGGGAAAGCGAGCUCCAUUCUGUGGAGGAAAGGUCCUGACUUGAUAAGGAAUGGCCAACAUUAUCAGUUAGUACAAAACAACAGCAAGUUGAUCAUUGUUAAAGCCACAAAAGCAGACUGUGACACCUACACCUGCACCGUGGAAAAUAUGUUCAGCAAGAGGAGCGAUGCAUAUCAUCUUAUUUUACACAGUACUCAACUGCUACAUGACUGUGCAAGGAUACUAUCUAUCAUUGCUUUGGCUGCUGCUGCUGCAGCAUUGAUUUGUGAAAUAAUCGCAUUCUUCCUUAAGGUCAAAACAGAAUUUCCAGGUCUUCACCUUCUUCAAAAUCUACUCCAAAUCUUGCAGUUUCUUCUCCUUAGUGGUGCAUUUGGUUGCUGGAUCUACGCUGAAGGGCCCACUGAAACCACAGUGAUCAUAUUGAUGCUUUUAGUACUCCUGUUAGUAGGAGUAGUACCUUCAACUUGGAGUGUGAAGGUCUGUGAUACAAAAAUGUUGAGCAAGAUCUGGAUUGUUAAACCUUACCGUCUGAUCCGAAUGGUUGCUGAGAGUCCCCUGGGUGGAAUCGUUGUGAUCAGUCUGUCAUGCUCGCUGAUUGUGGCUACAGUGAGAAGAGCUGGUAAAGGAUGUGUGCCAUCUGCCGAUCGAAAAUCAAGUUUAAUUCUUGCUGGGGAAGUGCUGUUACCUUUACUUCCGAUAUGCUUUAUAUUUUACAUCAUAUACUGCAACAGGAAGAUGUGGGCCACAGGAAACCAAACGACAAGUAACACUGAACUGAACGAGCCAUUCUUGAAAACCACAGCUGCUGACAUGAGGCUAACUUAAACCCAGAAGUGAACAACUGGUGCUAAUCUAGAAGUGAUUACUUCAAUGAAGCCCUGACCUAAAUUUCGGAGUUUGAACAUCUGCGGACUAUAAGCACUCAGCUCAAUGUCUUUAGCCCUUUAAUAAUUAAGGGUGGAGACUAACCAUACUGUUUCUCUUGUGCACUUUUGGUGGGUUCAAGAACAUCAACUCAUACUCGUGCUCGCAUAGUUUUAUGCGGAACAUGAUAGUCUCUGAUUUAAACAACAUUUUGAAACAGGAAGCAGGAAUUAAGAAGCAAUAGUUAGUGUCAUAAACCAUUCCACCCCUGGGCUAGAAUUAUCAGGAGAAGGUGUGCUACAUGAUGGGCUAGCAUAUGGAUAGCUUGUAGGAAAGUAACUGAUGCAUUGCUUUCUUUGUUGCAUCUAUUAGUUUCAUGUUUAAUGCUUCUGUCCUGUGCACUUUUCACUUUCUCUGCCCAACACAUUGUUGCUCUUCUGCUGUUUCUUGUCAGGAUCUGGUCCAUUCUAUGACACCUCCUUUUCAGCCAACAGCCCCCUUUCUCCUGUUGGUAGGAUUACUGCUCAGCGUGGCCACUGCCCACUUUCCAGUACUGCUAUUCACACAACCGCAGUUCAUCUCACUUCCCAGACUCAGGUGGAGGGUUUGCUGAACCUUUUCAUGUUUCCCUCCAGAAAAGCCCUGUUCAAUCACCUUUAGAUCUUUGCUAUUGAUAUGUUUCCGUGAUUCUAUUGUGUCAUCGGAAUGUACGCCUUUGUUUCUUGAAGAUAUGAUAUUAAUGAACCCUUGGCUGGUUGGAACUGUGCAGAUUGAACUCUGACAAGACAAAAUGCAUUGAAAGGCUUCCACAGUGAUGCUCGGAAAUCAAAUGAAUCACUUUUGGUGGGAGAAGUGUCAAAACAGAGACUUCCUUACAGUUGGAGGCAUCCCAUCGAAAUUUAUCAGUCUGACGAAGACGUUAACAACUUUCAUCCCAGGUUAAAAACUUACCCCUCAACUUUAACCAAAGGGCUCUAAAUCUUAUGUUCUUUCAUCUUCCUUUGUAUUGGACACUAUAUUAACUUUGUACAUAAGUGUGUGCAUGUCUGUCUGUAUGCGUGUGUGCCCACAUGCAAGUGACUGCAUGAAGGCCUAAUGCUCAAAAUCGUUUUUCAAAGAGGUACUUUUCUACAUUUUUAUGGUUAACAAAUCCAGAGGUUGUUGAUUAACUCCACAUUGAUUAUAGUGAGUAAUUACAUGUUUAAUUGGAGAGAGGUAGCCUAAUGAAAAAAAACUUAGAACCUUGUGCGCCCAAUGGAGCAGGUUGCAAAGAGGAGCCAUUUACCCCAUCUCACCCAGUUGUUACAAUGAGUGUUCUGACUUUGGCAGAAACCAGAUAACAAUCAACAACGACUUAGCCUCUCCUCAACUUUCUUCCUCCCUUCUUGGGGUAGCACAAUGGUUAGCACUGCUGCCCGACAGCACCAGGGACCCCAGUUUGUUGAAGGGUCUAGGCCUGAAAUGCCAGCUUUCCUGCUCCUCUGAUGCUGCUCGCCCCACUGUGUUCAUCCAGCUGUACACCUUGUUAUCUCAGAUUCUCCAGCAUCGGCAGUUCCUACUAUCUCUGAAACAACCACUAGAUGGUUCCACACAACUCAAUCUCUGGACAAUUCUCACAUGGAAAUUCCAACGCAGUAAGACCUUAAGAAGUACAGACAAGAGCAGGCCAUUCAGCCACUUGACCCUGCUCUGCCAUUCGAUAGAAGCACAGCAAAUUUGACAUUCUUCAUGUCCAUUUUCCUGUGUUUUUCCCCGUAACCCUUGAAUCACUUACCCAACAAGAAUCUUCUUCAGCUUUAAAUACAUGCAAGGACUCUGCCUCCACAGCUCUCUGCUGCAAGGAAUUGCAAAGACUCACAAACCUCCAGAGGAAAAAAAUACCCUCCUUAUCUCAGUCUUAUAUUGGUGUGCCUUUACUGUGAGACCAUGCCCCAUCAGCCUAGACCGUCCCAUGAGGGGAAAUAUCUUCCCAACAUUGACGUGUUAAGCCCCUUAAGAAUCUGAUAUUUCAAUGAGAUCACCUCUCUUUCUUCUAAACUCCAAUGAGUGGAGCCCCAACCUAUUUAGCCUUUGUUCACAAAACAAUCCCUCUUAUCGUGAGCCUUCUCUGAUCUGCUUCCGGUGAAAUUGUAUCUUUCCUUUUUUAUUAAAGGGGACCAAAACUGCUCACAGUACCUACAUAAGAUAACAAAGUGUGGGGCUGGAUGAACACAGCAGGCCA